UUGACGUUGAGUUAUCGUGUUUUUUAAAGGCCGAAAAGCGUCUAUGUUCACGCUGAUUUUCCGCCAAUGGAGUCCAAACAAAUGGCGGUUCGCCUUUAUCUUUAAUCAUCGGUGCAAUGACGAAGGGAGGUUUUUCUUGCCAAUCUAGUCGCGCCCGGGGAAGCAAGGACUGUAUGCGACAUUACUACGAUAUAACCUCGAGACUUUUCAGCAAUGGACGGGCUGACGAUUAUCUCAGUGAGCUCUUUUUAAAUGCAGCUAAGAAUGGUGACAUCGAAAGGGUACAGAACUUCCUCGCUCGUACAUCUAGAAAUGCGUCUGUAAACGUGGAUGUAAAAGAUAGAGAAGAAGGUUUCACGGCUGUUAUGCUUGCAGCCAUGAAUAAACACGAGAAGGUGGUGUCGCUGCUGUUAAACUAUGGAGCAGACAUCACUUUACAUAACAACAAAGGACAGACAGUGCUUGAUAUUGCAACUGAUUCCAUGAGACCACUCCUGCUAGGUUCUGUUGCAAGGCAAGGCUACUCCUCUCGCCAUAUACUACAAGCAGCUUGGCAAGGAAAUUUUCAACUUGUUAAGAAAUUGCUGUCAUCUAAAGCAAGGCUGGAUGUAAACUGCAAGAAUGCUGAUGGAUUGACACCCCUUUUGCUGGUCACCAGAGAUAUAAAUCUCUUUGAAAAGAUUGAAAAGGCUGUACUGGAGAAUUCCUAUCACCCAGUUGAUGUUGUCAAGGAACUGAUAGCUCACAAUGCAGAUUGUGGAGCAAGAGACAGUGAAGGCAAGAGACCUCUUCAUUUUGCUGCUCAUGGAAAAGGAAGCCAUGCCCAGGGUGUUGUAAAUAUCCUGAUACAGGAGGGAGCCAGUGAGAUUGUUUACCCAUCUGUUGCCCUGAAGGACUACUCCCCCCUGCACUGUGCAACCAGAGAGGACAAUCAGCCUAUUUUGCUGGCUCUGAUCGAGGGGGGUGCUAAUGUCAAUGCCAAGGGACAUGUUGGAAAGACUCCUCUUCACAUAGCUGCUUCUCAUGGAUUUGAGCUGGUCUCUGAUACCCUUCUACAUCAUGGAGCUGAUGUUACCAUCACGGAUGAUAAUGGACUUUCUGCUGUGGAUGUAGCCAAAGGCAAAAGAGUGCAACAGGCUUUAAAAGAGGCUUGGGUAGGGCAAACUCAAGGAAGCAAAUACCAUUCGCAUAGGGUCUAUUCAGCACCGGCUCCACCUCAAAAUGAACAGGAGUCAGUUCCAUCCAAGCUUGAAACAACAGAACAGAAGAAAGGCAAUCUUUUAAGUGCUGAUUCAUUUUCUCGAGUCAACACAGCCCCUUCACAAAGAAAAGAGCGAAAACUGAAGAAAAAGCCACAGAGUUUCUCAGAGGAGAUUUCUCUGCCAAAGGAAAGAUCCAGCCAUCCCGUAUCAAAUAAACCGUCUGACGUGCGCAUGCCUAGAAUUCCUUCGGCGCAGAAACCCGAGUUAUCCCUUACUUUCAGAUCCAGCUCUGAGUUGGUUGGACGAGGGAAGCCUAGAAGACAAGAGUUAACAGCUCCAGGAUUAAAAGACGCACGGUCUUCAGAAGCACUGCCAGGCUUAUCAGUUCUCAACAUUGAAUUGAGAAAUGUGAGAAACCUGCGAGAUGCGAAACCCAUGUUACGUAAGAGAAAGACAUCAAUUCAGUCACCAGUUCCUCCCAACUAUCGCUUACAUCAUCGACUGUCGAGUCCAGUCCUCUCGUAUCAGCGUAAGUUAUCACCGCCUGGAACACCUAGGAAUGAAGCGCGUAUUCGAUCGUCUUCUGAAAGCCUGGUACCAAGUUCUAGGUUGGCGGUGCCCUCACGAGUGCCUCCGCUCGGAGGAAAAAGAGCCUUGACACCAGAGCUUCGAUCCAUCACGACGUCAGAAAUGACCAAAGAGAACAUCGCUUUUACGCCGGAGAUCAUCGAUCUCGAUCUGCUUACAAAACAAGGCCGAAGGAAUGAAAAGUCUUCAUCAUUAUUUUUGUCCGAAGUGAGAGAAGUCACGCCACCUCCUCCGUCCCCGCGCAUUGUGUCACGCAAUAGUCCAGAGGACAUACAGCUGGAAUCCGACACAACGAAACAAGAUAGCGAAUCAGUCAUGACACGAACGUUUGAAUCAGUUCCACGCCCCUCGUUUUGGAUUCCCGUGGAUGGAAGUACUAUGGAAAAGAAUGAUCCGACUAGUGUUCAAACAGUUGAAGAGUCGUCAUCAAAUGGAACAAAAUUUUACAUCGAUCUUAGUAACUUGGAAGCUUUAGCGACGGGACAGUGCUCACUGUGUGGAGAUUCUCUUCCCGAAACAACCAAAUCAAAAGGAGAUACUAUCUCGUCUAACACCGAAAGAGAAAUUUGUAAAUCAUGCCAACCGCGCCGUCGUUCAAGUGAAGAUGUUUUCUGGAUUCCAUUUACCGAUAAAAGGAAAGCUUCUGCUCUUAAAAUUCUGAAUGGAAUGGAAAAUAGACUCCGAAGCGAUCCAUCGAUAGAGAAAGAAAGGAAAAACUCUGGAGAUGAGAUCGUCGAGCAGAGCAAUGGAGAACCUCAUCCUCAGAGUGAACUUUCUGAAGUGAACUCUUCUGUUGUGGAGGGCGGCGAUAGCAAAGCUCUUGUUCUAACCAAACCCGCUCUUCCUUUUUCCCCGAACAUGACAGGCUAUGACGUCUCUUGUGUUUGUGACAAUAACACCGGCUUGUGCUCGUGCACCAUUGUAAAGAAAGAUGUGUCGUCUUCUCCUUCAACUGAUAACACCAUAAACAGGGUAAGUGGUGCUACAGGCGUUGUUAAGACUGUGGGUGAGACAAGUUCCUUACUAGAAUCGACCCUGGUUGCUCGGCCUACGAAUGAGUACGCUUCUUCUCGACGUGCACCUACCUACUCUAAAAGUACAUCAUCGGUAAGAAAAGAAACUGAACUUUUUCUUAAAUCGUUCUCCGAAAAUGAUGUUUCUAAUCAUUCGCUUGUGGAAGACACAGUUAAAACAACACUGAAAAAUAUCGAAGAAAACGAGAACCACCUGGUUGACGCUCAUCAAAAUGUGUCAGGUCAAAUAGCUAAGCAGCCGUUUGUGCAAGAGAUUCAACCAGACGACAGUCGCGAUGGCACAAUUUCCAAUGCACCUAUAGAGCCCAGUCCGCCAAAACAUGCAUGGGCAACACCCAGAAUGGAAGAACCUGGUACUAGUAGUGUUAAAAUCACAAACCCUUUCCCAUCACCUGUACCACCCGUGGACAAAUCUGCUGUGCAUCCCCCGAUUGGGCCCGUGGACGACAACAGAAUGGGGAAUAAAAAACAUACUUUGGGAAAGAAAGGAAAGAAAUGUGGAGGAAAAACAGCGGCUACUUGCAAACCUAAGUCUAGGACGAAGAACAAAGUACCUGAACAAAACGUUAAAGGCAGUAAAAAGAAAGGGAAGACUAAAAAGAAAAGUGACAUCAAAAUGGUCACAGUGCAGCAGAGAGAGGCCCGGGAGGAACUCGGACUCAGGACGAUAUCCCAGGGAGGUUUGGAUGUAGCCGAGGAAUCUAUGGACAAUCUUUGCACCUUCCGACCUUUCGGCAUGUUUAAAGGAAUACAUACUAUUCUUACCCCAAUACCAGAGUCGCCUCGAAGUGCACUGAGUACCCCUCGGACUACAGAGGGUACCGAACAAGUCGGUGCCCCUCCUAAGGGCCCAGAGGAGGAAAGUAGGGAAGCUCAGGAGGGGAGCAAUAAGGGCCCUGAUGUGGUGGUCUUAGGAAAUGAGAAGGAUUCCGAGGGAAUGACGGAAGAAGGUGAAUUCGAUGUUGUAGACGGUGGGAUGUUUAGUAGUUUGAUUGGGAUGUGUGUCCCGCGGCUUAAGUUGGGGAAAUCUGACGUGGUUUCUGAUUCGGGAUCCGAUGCAGAGAGUACUGAAGCUCUUGUAACACAACCCCAAGGUGGUGGUGUUACGGAGCAGCAGCUUGAUUCUACGGAAGAAGGUAUCGCAAGAGAUAGAGAGAAUGUCAUGGGUGUGGACGAAGUCGGUGCGAAACAUCAGGUUGUGCAGGAUGAAGCUGACGACGCCAUGGAGGCCAUUAUUAAACGUGAGCUUAGUUUGGAGGAUAAAAGAGAAAGUGGUAGGACAAAUCCAAUGGAUCAGGCUUCUGUUUUGCAUAAUCAGACCACGAAGAACUGCUCGUCAGAUGAGAUAUUUCGUGCAAAGUCUAAUUCAUCACAAGUCAAUACUGGCGAAGAAUCGCUUUUGAGUUACCGAUGUUCCAGAGACUUUUCGUCAGAGAUAUUAGACGAGUCAGAUUUACCGAGUGAAGAACGAACUUCUUCGGAAGCGAGUUCGUUCUCCGAGCAGUACUCGGAUACGGACUCGUCGUACAAUAGCUUGGGAUCGGCCUCACCUCGACCUCUCUCUCCGGCUUCUUCGCUAAACAGUAGUGAUACAUACUUCUCUUCGCCACGUUCUUCUUCUGGCCCCGAAACACCGACUCCGGAGCGAGAAAUACGCUCGGAAAAUUCUGUGGAAAUCGAUUACUACGAGCAAAUGGCGAGAGGGAAGUCAUCCAUUAGCAGCAGUAGUAACAGCAGUUCUACAAUUCGCACUCGGUCUAACAUCUCGCUCGGAAGUUUGGGUAAUGUUUCCCAAGGUUCCAUGGGAAGUUUUGCUGCUUCAGUCGCUGAGAACGUGGUGCGAAGUCGACUCAGUGCGUCUUCUCGUACCCAGUCUUCCACAAGCUGUGAAGAGGAGAUUGUUUGGAAGAAGGGCAACAUACUCGGAAAAGGCGCAUUUGGAACGGUUUGGUGCGGACUCACCAACACGGGAGAAAUGAUCGCCGUGAAGCAGGUGGAACUCAACAACAGCAAUUUUGACGAGGCUGAGAAGCAAUACGAGAAACUCCAAGAAGAAGUAUCACUGUUGAAAUCAUUACAACAUAAAAACAUUGUCAAGUAUAUAGGCACAUGUUUAGAUGGAGGUGUAGUAAAUAUCUUCAUGGAAUUCGUCCCAGGGGGAUCCAUUGCCUCCAUACUCGCACGAUUUGGUUGUCUUGACGAGCCCGUGUUUAGUCGUUACACGAAGCAGCUGCUGUCGGGCGUGUCUUAUCUCCAUAGCAACAACGUCAUUCAUAGAGAUAUCAAAGGUGGUAACAUUCUUAUAAUGGCGAGUGGCGUUCUCAAGUUGAUCGACUUUGGUUGCGCCAAACGUCUCUACAUGAAUCUGAGCAUGAGUAGAAGUAAUAUUCUUCGUUCCAUGAAGGGCACGCCAUAUUGGAUGGCACCCGAGGUUAUCCGGGAGACUGGACAUGGCCGUAAGUCUGAUAUCUGGAGUGUUGGUUGCACAGUGUUUGAAAUGGCAACUGGAAAGCCUCCGUGGUCUGACAUGCCUCCUAUGGCCGCCAUCUUUGCAAUUGGAAGUGGUUCAUUAACAGUGCCACAACUCAGUGAGGAUUUCUCAUCAGCUGCCCGAGACUUUGUUAGCAAGUGUCUCACGAGGGAUCCAGAUUGGCGGCCUUCGGCCGAUGAGCUGCUGCAGCAUCACUUCCUGACGGACACUUCAUGACGGGAGCUGCAAGCAGAUCCAGCCACCUAGAUGCACCUUAAUUUAUACCGCUACAAAGAAUGAAACAGUAGAGAUAUCAAAUGUUAAAUGCACCUUAAUUUAUACCGCUACAAAGAAUGAAACAGUAGAAACAUCAAAUGUUAAAAAUGCCAUUUGCGAAGAAGUACUUCUUCAAAACUCACUGCAAUAACCACAGUUCGUACGCACACUACAGUGUUAUUUACAAUGAAUAAAUUUCUUUCGUUUACGAAAGAAUGCAAACAAUAAUAUAUCAUCUUCUCUGUGCAGGGCAGACAAAAAUAUAUCUCAAUUUCAUCCCGAUGCUGAAAUUAUUGCGUGUUAUCUUAGUUUAGUCACAAAAAUUUUUGUAGAAGAUGGUCGAAUUAAAGGCUCGAUGUACCAUACAGCCA